GUGGCGGUGGCCGGCCGGGGAGGCGGCCUCGGCGCACAGUAAUGGCAGCGCUGUGAGCCGGGGAACGCGAGCUGACAGCCGCCGCCGCCCACCCUCCGAGCCGGGGGCUUCGUCCUUCACGCCUGCAGGUUGCCUCCCUCCCCGGGCCCCUGCCCUCGCCCUGCUUCCGCAGAAGGUUUCAACACUAAAGUUGCACAAUGUCUUUAAAACCAAGAGUAGUGGAUUUUGAUGAGACAUGGAACAAACUCCUAACUACAAUCAAAGCUGUUGUUAUGCUGGAAUAUGUUGAAAGAGCAACAUGGAACGACCGCUUCUCAGAUAUUUAUGCUUUAUGCGUGGCCUAUCCUGAACCACUUGGAGAAAGACUUUAUGCAGAAACAAAGAUUUUUUUGGAAAAUCAUGUUCGGCAUUUGCACAAGAGAGUUCUGGAGUCUGAAGAACAAGUGCUUGUUAUGUAUCAUAGGUAUUGGGAAGAGUACAGCAAGGGUGCCGACUAUAUGGACUGCUUAUAUAGGUAUCUCAAUACCCAAUAUAUUAAAAAAAAUAAAUUGACGGAAGCCGAUUUACAAUACGGCUAUGGUGGAGUAGAUAUGAAUGAACCACUUAUGGAAAUAGGAGAGCUAGCAUUGGAUAUGUGGAGGAAGUUAAUGGUUGAACCCCUUCAGAACAUCCUCAUCCGAAUGCUGCUCAGAGAAAUCAAAAAUGAUCGUGGUGGAGAAGACCCAAACCAGAAAGUAAUCCAUGGGGUUAUUAACUCCUUUGUUCAUGUUGAACAGUAUAAGAAAAAAUUUCCCUUAAAGUUUUAUCAGGGAAUCUUUGUGUCUCCAUUUUUGACUGAAACAGGAGAAUAUUACAAGCAAGAAGCUUCAAAUCUAUUACAAGAAUCAAAUUGCUCACAGUAUAUGGAAAAGGUAAAGAAACACUUCAUGUUAUACACCUGGCAGGAUUUUAUUAACAGCAUACGUGUGAUGCCAACACUAUUUGUGGAAUCAGUUUUGGAAGUACAUGGCAAAUUUGUUCAACUUAUUAACACUGUUUUGAAUGGCGAUCAGCAUUUUAUGAGUGCUCUAGAUAAGGCCCUUACAUCUGUUGUAAAUUACAGAGAGCCCAAGUCUGUUUGCAAGGCACCUGAACUGCUUGCUAAGUACUGUGACAACUUGCUGAAGAAGUCAGCAAAGGGAAUGACUGAGAAUGAAGUGGAGGACAAACUCACCAGCUUCAUCACCGUUUUCAAAUACAUCGACGACAAAGACGUUUUUCAGAAGUUCUAUGCAAGAAUGCUUGCAAAACGUCUAAUUCAUGGGUUGUCUAUGUCUAUGGAUUCGGAAGAAGCCAUGAUCAAUAAAUUAAAGCAAGCCUGUGGUUAUGAGUUUACCAGCAAGCUGCAUCGGAUGUACACAGAUAUGAGCGUCAGUGCUGAUCUCAACAAUAAGUUCAACAAUUUCAUCAGAAACCAAGACACAGUGAUAGAUUUGGGGAUUAGUUUCCAAAUAUAUGUCCUUCAGGCUGGUGCAUGGCCUCUCACUCAGGCUCCUUCAUCCACAUUUGCGAUUCCUCAAGAGUUAGAAAAAAGUGUACAGAUGUUUGAAUUAUUUUAUAGCCAACAUUUCAGUGGAAGGAAACUGACGUGGUUACAUUAUCUCUGUACAGGUGAAGUUAAAAUGAACUAUUUGGGAAAACCAUAUGUGGCUAUGGUUACAACCUACCAAAUGGCAGUUCUUCUUGCCUUUAACAACAGUGAAACUGUCAGCUAUAAAGAACUCCAAGACAGCACUCAGAUGAAUGAAAAGGAGCUGACCAAAACAAUCAAAUCAUUACUUGAUGUAAAAAUGAUAAACUAUGAUUCAGAGAAGGAGGAUAUUGAUGCAGAAUCGUCAUUUUCUUUAAAUAUGAGCUUCAGCAGUAAGAGAACAAAAUUUAAAAUUACUACGUCAAUGCAGAAGGAUACACCACAAGAGCUGGAACAGACGAGAAGUGCUGUAGAUGAGGACCGGAAAAUGUAUCUCCAAGCUGCUAUCGUCCGCAUCAUGAAAGCACGCAAAGUGCUUCGGCACAACGCCCUCAUCCAGGAGGUAAUAAGCCAGUCAAGAGCCAGGUUCAAUCCCAGUAUCAGCAUGAUUAAGAAGUGCAUAGAAGUUUUGAUAGACAAGCAGUACAUUGAGCGCAGCCAAGCAUCUGCAGACGAAUACAGUUACGUCGCUUGACACCCUCUUCCGGUGCGGGUGUGAGGUCAUUGCCAUCACCGUUUGGUGUGCUCCUGUGGGAAAAAGCAGGCCUGUGCCUCCAUACUUCGGUUAUUUGGCAGCCCCUGUUUUUCUGCUGUUUACAACAUCACCAGUGCCACGUCAUGAGCGUCAGAGAAAAGCCUAGCGAUAUUUCAAGCUCAUGUCAGGAUGACAUUUCUUAACUUUACUAGAAGAAGGAGUGAAGCGUUGCUGAAAUGUGGGGUUCGGUUGGGUACCAUGCUUUCUCCCCUUCACGUUUGCAGUUGAUGUGGUUUUUUUUUAAUGUAUCUUAAAGGACAUAAAAUAAAAACUUAAAUAUUGUAAUAUGACAGAUAACCUAAUAAUUGUAUCUACAUUAAAAUGACAAACAUGAUGUUGCUGCUUGUCAAAUAAAAAAAAUAAAGAAACAGAAUGCCUUUUUCUAUGUGGAUGGAAUAUCAGGUUGGACAGAAAAUAAGACAUCCAAGCAGCCAACAGCAUUUCAUCUUGGUGAUGAAGUGCACUUGGGCUCCUGUUUAACCUUCAAUUAAGACUUCUCGUUAUUGUUUUUGAAUACAUAAAAUUGCAUCUGGUGUAAAAUUCUCUUCUGUGAAUUUGAGCUAAAUGGCAUAAGCAAUUUUUGCCGACUGAAGAUGUAAUUCUGUCAGUGGUUUUCGUGAUGUGCUGUACAAGAAACAGAGUGGUGGCUACUGUGGUGACUUGAGCCUGGCAGAGCAGGAUCUGCUCCCCCUCGACUCUCUUCUUGACACAUUAACGCUGACAUAAUGACUGUUGUAGGAGACGGACUCCACCACCAGCACCCCUUCCCCAGUGCAGGUGACUCCCCGUCCUAAGUCCGACAGCAGUGUCCCUCAACGCUCUGGCGCCUUGUCUAGGGACAUGGAAUCUCCCGUUAGUUUGUUUACUGCAGAUAACAGGGGCAUUAAAAUACUCUGGUCUCCAUAUUAUCCGUCUGCCAUCCCUAUAUUGCUUUUUUUAAGCCAGAGUAUUUAAAGCAUAUACAAUACAAAUACUUUGUUUAUAAUCAAUUUAUAUCUUAACUGAUAAGGCCUUAAACCCACAAUGAUAAUAUGCUGAAUAAAUAAACUACUUAAUUUACAUUCUCA